GGAUUUUUUUUUAUUGAAAUUUUAAUUAAAGCAAAAGUAUUGAAUCUCAAUUUAAAUAACAAAAUACAUUAGCAUAAAACAAAUGACAGAUAAUACUAAAAAGGUAUAUAUAUAUAAAUUAAUAAUUUGUUUAGGAAGCACCACCAAAAAGACCCUAAUGUGCAUUCUUUAUUUACAAAUAGGAGGUGUACUAAUAAGUCAAAGAUGCUCAUCCUGGCAAGAAAAUGACCGAUAUCACAAAGAUUAUCUCUGAAUAGUACAAACAACUUCCAAAAGAUAAAAUUGAUUAAUACGAAUAAAAAUACAAAGAUAGCAAGGCUAUAUUUGAAAAAGAUAAGAAGUUCUCAUUUCUAAAUAUAUUUUUAAUAGAAUCUAUGAAGAUAAAUAUGGAAAGAUUAAGAAUGAGAGAAAGAAAAAGAAGGAAGAUGGUAAGGGAACCAAAAAAACUCAAAAGAAGUAAAAGAAAUAAGAAUCAGAUGAAGACGAAAGUGGAUCAGACGAUGAUUGAGGAUUCAUA